AUGGCGUCCAUGGGGGGUCUGCGCCAUCCUCAUAGGCAAGACCCAGAUGGCCGUCCACUGGGUGCUAUGCUCGCCUUCAUUGAGGAGGACUUCGCCAUGGCUGAAAACAUGGUUAGACGACACACUCAGUACAUGAUUGACUAUUGUCAAGGCCUUAUCCGAGCCUAUCAGGAGACGGGCGAUGCAGCAUGGCUAGAGAAGCAUCGUUCGACCGUCCAGCAACACAUCAAUCGAUUCGAUGCCUUCGGCGUACACCAGGCACAAUGCAGGGACGCUCUCCAAGCAACUUUAGAGCCUCUACAGGUACAUUCAGCAAACGAUGUCCUUUCAGCUGCCGGCAAUCGUGAAGCAGUUCUGAAUCCUACAACACCUGUUGCCUCUCCUCAGAACGCCAUCUUGAUCCCUCAGUACUAUACCCCUCAUCAGGUUAAAGAGGAGUCAGUUAGCCCGUUGCCAAUAUCCUUGGAAAAGAGGAUCUCCAUGUCUAUGUUACGGCAUAAAGAGUGGAAGCUUCGUUUCACUCUCUUGUACGCUGGCAAUCCGAUCUACUCGGCGCCUGAAUGGUACUUUGCACGAAAAGUAGACGGUGAGUGGGUCGUAGACGGCUGGAAGGCCUCAGUCAAAGUAGUCCAAGCCAAGACAUAUCUCGUUCUGGGUACGCGUCGAAAUGCCAAUAUCGCCCACCAAGCACACAUCUAUUUGAAGAACUAUAAGGACAUCUUGAUUCAUGAACUGGCCAAAUCCAAGGAUCUGUCGCUGGAGCACCACAGGCCAGAUAUCUAG